AUGACGAAUACCCGUCUUCAUGCGGCUGUUGUCCACUCCGGAGAAUGGAUAUUAGCCAUUAUUGGUCAUUUUAUCAGAGGUGCGCUCAGUCGGGGAUCUUUCUCUUAUUUUGGUUGUCAGCUGACGAGACGGCAAUGAAACGAGGAAGGAAGGCCAAAAGUCAGAAGAGCGACCUCUGAAGGGCCAACUCACUGACAAAAACGUCGAGCCAAAGUCUCUUGAGGAGCAGGUCUCUUUUGUCUCAUGUAGACUUUCAGCUAGAAAAUUUAGGGCUUUGCAAUUAAGAAAAAUUUUUGGCGUUUGUGAAAGUGUCAAGACCAAAAGCUAUUUGUCAUGAAAAGCUCUUUUCGAAUAAAGAGUGCCUCGAAGAUCCUGGUAGUUUUCGCUCAAAGGCACAGGAGCAUUUAGAGCAAUUUUUGCGUUUCGGAACAAUUUUCCCUGAUCUGCGAUGGACACGCCACUAAAAGUUCUCACAUCUGUAAUGAGUGCACAGUUCGAUUCCCAAGAAAAACUAUAUAAGAUACGGCUUUUCACCGAGCAAACAACCCAGAAACCCCAUUUUUACUGCCCCUAUGCCUUAGAGUUUGAUUUUGAUUUUUGAGGUGGAAAAGACGGAUUCGGAGAAAUGGAACGGCCAGGCAGCUCAUGGCCUAUGUUCACUCGUCUACGUCGCACUGCUGGUCGACUUGGAUCAUGGAAAAGAGGCAUAUUUUCUUUCUUUUCUUUAUUCUCUUUAA